UGCACAGUGUAGAAAAAUGCGAACACAUAGAACACUCCAGAAGACAAAGAAAUACCCAACACUGACUCUAAUUGACACACUUCUCCGGCUAUGCAUAACUCCGUCAGCGGCGGCGGAAGCGGCAGCGUGUGCCACGUGGUGGCCAUGCCGUUUCCGGGGAGAGGCCACAUCAACCCCAUGAUGAACCUGUGCAAGAUCCUGGCAUCGAGAAGACCCAGCGAUAUUCUCAUAACCUUCGUGGUCACCGAGGAGUGGCUUGGAUUCAUCGCCGCCGAUUCCAAACCGGAAUCCAUUCGCCUCGCCGCCAUCCCCAACGUCAUCCCUAACGAGCGCCACAAAGCCGCCAAUUUUCCCGCUUUCUACGAAGCCGUCAUGACGAACAUGGAAGAGCCCUUUGAUCGGCUCCUCGAUCGGCUCGAGCCGCCGCCGUCCGUGAUUCUAGGCUGCGUUGAGCUGCGCUGGCCCAUCGCCCUCGCAAAUCGAAGGAAUAUUCCCGUGGCUGCGUUUUGGACCAUGUCGGCGUCGUUUUACUCCAUGCUUCAUCACCUUGAUGUAUUUGCACAACAACGGCGUUUGAACGUUGACAAAGAUACGCUGGAGGGACAAGUAGAGAACGUUCCCGGAAUUUCUUCGGCUCAUUUGGCAGACCUUCGAACUGUGCUUCAUGAAAAUGAUCAACGAGUCCUGCAGCUUGCAUUGGAAUGUAUUUCGAAGGUUCCCAAAGCAAAUUAUCUUUUACUCACCACAGUCUAUGAGUUAGAAGCUGAAACAAUUGAAUCCUUAAAAGCUAUAUUUUCAUUUCCAGUCUAUCCUAUUGGCCCUGCAAUACCAUAUCUAGAAUUAGGAGAAAACCCUUCUUCCAUCAACAAUGAUCAUAACCAUGACUAUAUAAAAUGGCUAGAUUCUCAGCCACCUGAAUCAGUAUUGUACAUUUCUUUGGGCAGUUUCCUUUCAGUGUCUAGUGCCCAAAUGGAUCAAAUUGUUGAAGCACUAAACAGUAGCAACGUUCGUUAUCUUUGGGUGGCUAGAGCGGAUGCUUCUUGGUUGAAAGACAAGUGUGGAGGUAAGGGUAUGGUGGUGCCAUGGUGUGACCAAUUGAAGGUGUUGUCUCAUUCUUCUAUAGGUGGAUUUUGGAGCCACUGUGGAUGGAAUUCCACUCUUGAAGCUCUCUUUGCUGGGGUACCAAUGCUCACAUUCCCUCUUUUCUUGGAUCAAGUUCCAAAUAGCAGCCAAAUUGUAGAUGAGUGGAGGAAUGGGUGUAAGGUGGAACAAGAGAAGUUGGAGAGUGAAGAGAUUUUGGCAAAAGAAAAGAUAGAAAAGCUGGUUAAUAGGUUUAUGGAUCUUGAAAGCCAAGAGGGAAAACAGAUCAGGGACAGGGCAAGUGAAAUCAAGGCCAUGUGUCACAGAGCUAUUGGCACAGGUGGGUCCUCUGAUGGGAACCUUGAUGCAUUUAUUAGAUACAUUUCAGAAGACUGAUGCAUUGAGAAGCUUGGAUUAUAUAAAGGGUUGCUGAUUGUAUUUACCUGUAAGGAUGUAUAUAACAUUGUAAGCAUGGAUAAUUCUUCAGUUUUACACUUUCACCUUCUGCCUGUUA